UAUAGCAAUACAGUAUCAUUGAGCUGAAGUGCUGAACUAGAAGGUUCGUCAACUUUCUAUAUCUGGGAGCUUAAACUAAUACUAGCACUGCACUUUUUUUUAUUUUUGAAGUAAAAUUUGUGAACCUUAAACUCACACAAUUUCAGCUUAGCAAAUGUGAGUAGCACUAGCAAAUUUCAAGCUAAAUCAAAUUAUAAGUUGCAAGCUAAGUCAUCGAUCAGUGUGAAUGAGAUGAGAGCAUUGGACUAUUUAUUCGAGUGCUGGGAAUGGGUUUUGGCUCAUCAUCACAAGAUCACAAGGAAACCCUUCAAGACUGUGGAGAUAAAAGUAAGGAUGGAUUGUGAAGGAUGUGAGAGAAAAGUGAAGAAGAGUGUAGAAGGCAUGAAAGGAGUGACCCAAGUGGAUGUGGAUCCCAAGUUACAUAAACUUACAGUUAUGGGCUAUGUUGAUCCAAAUAAGGUCUUGAAUCGGGUCAGGCAUCGAACUGGGAAAAAGGCGGAGUUUUGGCCAUACGUACCAUAUGAUGCCAUUGAGCACUUAGUCCACCCAUAUGCACCUGGAGUUUAUGACAAAAAGGCCCCACCUGGUUAUGUGCGGAACCCUGAGCUUACGGACCCUGAAGUUGUUGUUAUGGCACUUGAGAGCCCUACCGAGGUCAAGUAUACAACUGCUUUUAGUGAUGAGAAUCCUAAUGCUUGUGCGAUUAUGUGAUUGUACGUGUAUGUAGCUCGAAAAUUAUUUUGUGGAAACAAUCAAGUUUUAUUAGUACUUGUUGAUGGAGAUUUUCUAUUUAUUUUGUGUUGACCUUUAUUGUUUUCAUUAGCAGAUCUUUGAUAUAAUGUGUAUAUAAUGUAGCGUUGUAUUUUUAUUUUUUAUAUUGGGAUACUAGAUUCACAUUGUUCAACCUAUGAGGUAUUUUACAAUGUGAAUAUUAAACUCAUAAUUACCUCAAGUUGUGAUAUGAAAAAACUCAAAAUUUCUA